AUGCACGCCAUUCUCUUCCUCGGCGCCAUUCUCGUCCUCGCGUGGGACGAACGCCUCACCGAGCAGCUGCUUGGUGAGCAGAACCGACGCGCUGCAGAGGCUGCCGCCGCCGCAGAUGAGCUGAACUGGACGGAGGUCGGCGUGGGAGUCGGAGCCGACGGGAGUCCAUAUCUGCAGCAGAUCUCGCGCGGCCAAGCGUCCAGGCACAUCCGCGCCGGCCUCCUCUUGGUCGCGACCGACGAGGUGCGCGGAGAGAUCUUUGAGAAGUCUGUGGUUCUGGUUGUGCGACACGACGAGAACGGCACGCUCGGCCUGGUCCUCAAUAAGCCGGCGCCGCUGCCGCGCGGUUUCUCCUCUCGCGAGGAAGCACCUCGAGCGCUGCUCGAGUCCGCGUUCGGCGUGAGGCCUCGCAACCCUCACAGCACAAGGCGCCUCGGCGGCGGGCUCUACUUGCACAGCGGCAUGCCCGCGGAGGGCUCGCACGAGGCGUGCCGCCAGUGCCGCGACCCGCCAGCUCCACGGCCCUUUUGUGCCCUCUCUCGCACUUGGCGCCUCUCUCGUACUGCAGGCCUGCUAUAA